GGCAUGCCCUCGAAAUUGACAGCACUCCCGAAGAUGGCGGGGGUGUUUGAGGUGGAGGUUGAUGGUGUAGAACACGAUCAUGGACUCGGACAUCACGAUGAACCAAAUCAGGUUAGGGUACCACAUGUGUUACGGUUGUAGAAUCAGAAAAAACGAAUUGCGUGAAUUGUGAAGUGCUCACAGCCAAGGCAAUAUGGACUAGACCUGCCUCUUGCACCGGCUAGUAAACGUCACACGAUGUUAGCUUUGCUAGCUAACUAACUUCCCAGCUGUCUUCCCUUUUAGCUAGACAGGUAGGCUAUCAUGAGUGCAUGUCUCUAUUGAGUGCAUUAGCAAAACCAAGUAUAUUAUAGUGCCGUCAGCUACAACACAAACGUACAACUUGAAGGGCCAUCAUCAUCACGCCCUUGUCUUGUACAUGGUAGCUGAUAGCUAACUAUUUAGCUAGGUGGCUAUUUAAGUAGCCAAAGAUAUCUAACUAAAUGGAUCAUUCUGGUUUAGCUGCCUCCAAUUUGCUGCUUUUGCUUGACAACCCGUUUCCCUUUGCAAUAACAAUUGCAUCAGUGAUGUAGCAGUAGCUAGCACUCAUUAGAUGGCACUCCAUGCAAUAGCUGAUGUGGCAGACUGAGUCAAAGGUCAUCUAGCUGACGCCUAAUCCAUCCUCUGUCCUGGCAGCUCGAGCUCUCUAAUCACUAUUUUGGACCAAAGGCUAGUGUUCUCACCAUUUAGCUAUAAUGGACAGAAACGGUGCCUAUUCUCUUUGUUGGCCAGCAGGGUUCAUCCCUUGUAGUAUUCACAUGUCUGUCCACAACCGACAGCCUCCCAACCCAAAUGAUCACUGAUCAGAAUACAGACUGAUUUAACGUUUUCAUUUUUGAUGCAAUCAUUGUAUUUUGUAGAUAUAUUGUGACUGUUUAUUUCAGAGGUUCUAUGUGAAUGUAUGUAUAUGUAGAUUUGUAACUAAUUGAUUUAGAAGCGUUUGGAAUCAUUGUGAAUGUCUGUUUGGUUUGUUUUCACUUUAGGUCGACUUGUCCCAUCUGUCACCGGAGGAGAAGUGGAGGUCAGUCUCUAAACACAAUUAUUCAUUCUGACUGCAAAUUAGAUUUACAUCACAAGUCAAGUCAAGUUCAACAUUAUCUUGUUUUGAUGCAGUCUGAUUAUUGAUAUAAUGUAGAGCCCUUAGUUUAUCAAUGUUUCCUUCCAAUGAAAACUGGUAUGAUUGUGACUAUUAUAAGAAUCUAUCCAGAUACUUAGUGAUUUAUCAUAUUGGAUACCCAUGCCUGAGCUCUAGGUUGAUUGUAGUCUAUGUGUGUUUGUGUGUGUGUGUGUGUCUGUCUUCAUAGGUUGGAGCAUGCCAGGAUGCAUGCAAAACACAAGGGCCAUGAGGCCAUGCACGCUGAGAUGGUGCUGAUCCUCAUUGUCACCCUGGUCAUUGCCCAGCUGGUCCUUGUGCAAUGGAAACAGAGGCACCCCAAGUCCUACAAUGUAAGACACACAGACAAUCUCACUCUCGCACUGCACAGUCAUGCUCACGCAGACACACAAACACAUGCUGACUUGCGUGCAGAAGAGGAAAUACACAGCAUGCCCUGCACACACCUGCAGGCAAAUCAUACAAAUCAUACUUCACAUACUGUACAGACAAAAUGUCCACAGACCAGCUUCUUCAACUGUACACUGUCUGGUUCUCAGGAUUAUUCAGCCUCAAAUUGAACUAUGUGUGUCUGUGUGCGUCUGUACUUUAAAAUGUGUGUUCUCUUCUCCUAGCUGGUGACUCUGUUCCAGAUGUGGGUGGUCCCUCUGUACUUCACCACCAAGCUUCACUGGUGGAGGUUCCUGGUCACGUGGUUAAUCUUCUCUGUGGUCACUGCAUACGUUACCUACCGCGCCACACGUAAGCCACUGGAGUGCACCACGCCCAGGUAAGGCCCCCUACACAAGGCCAGGUAGUAUCUACACACAUCCAUAUGAUACCUCAUAAUAUACAGAAUGCCUAGGUGAUGCAUGAUGAAAUGGUCAUGGUAAGAGGUCAAAAGUCUCAAACCCAACCUGUCUUGCAGUAAGUGCUACUUUAGUCAAAAAAAUGAUCUAUGUUUCUUCACAUUCACCUCAGUUAGCUGAAAUAUGUCUGAAUGUUCCCUUGUUUCUGUGGACAGGCUGGUCUACAAAUGGUUCCUCCUCCUUUACAAGAUCAGCUAUGCUACAGGGAUAGUGGGCUACUCUGUCGUUAUGUUUACACUGUUUGGCAUUAACUUGAUAUUUAGGUAAGAUCUGGUUAUUUCUUGGCAUAAUUGUGUAUUUAUGGACAAUACCAGUGGUUAACAAGGAUCAUCCUUGUGUAGUUACAGUGGGGGAAAAAAGUAUUUAGUCAGCCACCAAUUGUGCAAAUUCUCCCACUUAAAAAGAUGAGAGAGGCCUGUAAUUUUCAUCAUAGGUACACGUCAACUAUGACAGACAAGUUGAGAAAAAUUAAUCCAGAAAAUCACAUUGUAGGAUUUUUAAUGAAUUUAUUUGCAAAUUAUGGUGGAAAAUAAGUAUUUGGUCACCUACAAACAAGCAAGAUUUCUGGCUCUCACAGACCUGUAACUUCUUCUUUAAGAGGCUCCUCUGUCCUCCACUCGUUACCUGUAUUAAUGGCACCUGUUUGAACUUGUUAUCAGUAUAAAAGACACCUGUCCACAACCUCAAACAGUCACACUCCAAACUCCACUAUGGCCAAGACCAAAGAGCUGUCAAAGGACACCAGAAACAAAAUUGUAGACCUGCACCAGGCUGAGAAGACUGAAUCUGCAAUAGGUAAGCAGCUUGGUUUGAAGAAAUCAACUGUGGGAGCAAUUAUUAGGAAAUGGAAGACAUACAAGACCACUGAUAAUCUCCCUCGAUCUGGGGCUCCACGCAAGAUCUCACCCCGUGGGGUCAAAAUGAUCACAAGAACAGUGAGCAAAAAUCCCAGAACCACACGGGGGGACCUAGUGAAUGACCUGCAGAGAGCUGGGACCAAAGUAACAAAGCCUACCAUCAGUAACACACUACGCCGCCAGGGACUCAAAUCCUGCAGUGCCAGACGUGUCCCCCUGCUUAAGCCAGUACAUGUCCAGGCCCGUCUGAAGUUUGCUAGAGUGCAUUUGGAUGAUCCAGAAGAGGAUUGGGAGAAUCUCAUAUGGUCAGAUGAAACCAAAAUAGAACUUUUUGGUAAAAACUCAACUCGUCGUGUUUGGAGGACAAAGAAUGCUGAGUUGCAUCCAAAGAACACCAUACCUACUGUGAAGCAUGGGGGUGGAAACAUCAUGCUUUGGGGCUGUUUUUCUGCAAAGGGACCAGGACGACUGAUCCGUGUAAAGGAAAGAAUGAAUGGGGCCAUGUAUCGUGAGAUUUUGAGUGAAAACCUCCUUCCAUCAGCAAGGGCAUUGAAGAUGAAACGUGGCUGGGUCCUUCAGCAUGACAAUGAUCCCAAACACACCGCCCGGGCAACGAAGGAGUGGCUUCGUAAGAAGCAUUUCAAGGUCCUGGAGUGGCCUAGCCAGUCUCCAGAUCUCAACCCCAUAGAAAAUCUUUGGAGGGAGUUGAAAGUCCGUGUUGCCCAGCGACAGCCCCAAAACAUCACUGCUCUAGAGGAGAUCUGCAUGGAGGAAUGGGCCAAAAUACCAGCAACAGUGUGUGAAAACCUUGUGAAGACUUACAGAAAACGUUUGACCUGUGUCAUUGCCAACAAAGGGUAUAUAACAAAGUAUUGAGAAACUUUUGUUAUUGACCAAAUACUUAUUUUCCACCAUAAUUUGCAAAUAAAUUCAUAAAAAAUCCUACAAUGUGAUUUUCAGGAUUUUUUUCUUCUCAUUUUGUCUGUCAUAGUUGACGUGUACCUAUGAUGAAAAUUACAGGCCUCUCUCAUCUUUUUAAGUGGGAGAACUUGCACAAUUGGUGGCUGACUAAAUACUUUUUUCCCCCACUGUAGUCAUUUUAUCUCAGAAUCCUUCAAAUAUGUUUUGAUUUAUGGAAGUGGCGCCAGAGCUUUCUUUGCGAAGUUGUAAAGUUUUAACCAUGAUAAUAGUGUCUAUUGAUGUUUUUGGUUUACUUUAUUUCCAGAAUAAAGCCAGAGGACGCAAUGGAUUUUGGUGUGUCCUUGCUGUUCUAUGGUCUGUACUAUGGGGUCCUGGGUAGGGACUUUGCUGAAAUGUGUGCAGACUUCAUGGCAUCGACAGUGGGGGUAAGUAUCCAGGGCCUGUCAAGUUGGUAGUUGUACAAUAUCUCACUGACUAGUUUUUUUUUUAUAGUAAAGGCUGUGAAUCUGUCCAGCAACAUUACAUUGUGUCUCUGUCUUCUCUAGUACUACAGUGCGUCUGGAAUGCCCACCAAGCACCUCUCUGACAGUAUCUGCGCUGUGUGUGGCCAGCCCAUUCUGGUCGACGUCAGCGAGGAGGGAAUCAUCGAGAACACCUACAGACUAUCCUGCAACCAUGUGUAUCCUUUAUCAUUUAAGAAAUAUUCUCUAGAUAAAUAUGCACGUAGGAGCAUGAUGUUGUGGUAGAACUGGUUUGUCUGUUGCAUAAAAGCUGUAACUCUGUCUGUCACGGAAAACAUGUGGUGUACGCACACAAAAGCCAAAGGGAAAUUGACCAAACAAACAUGCGCAUGAACUUUAUCUCUGAGAUAUGACUGUUGUUCCCGUGAACAUCAGUAACACUGUACCAUGUGCCCAUCCCACUUCCUGUUUCUAUAAAUAAUGGUGCCCUAUGUCGUCUCCUGUAAUGACUCUUCCAUGAGGUGAAAUGUCACGUUUUAUGGCAUUUGUGGUACCAAUGUUCACAUUGAGGACAUCAGAUUUUAAUAGCUUACUGGUGAGCUUGCUGAUAUGGUUAUUACAGUGUGCCACAGGGAAGUAGGAAAAAACCAUCCAGAAUUGUGUAUUUCACCAAGCAGUUAGCUAUGCCUACAGCGUUUGACCCGAUUUGACCUAAUGUUUCAUAUUUGGCCAUAUUUUGCAGUUAUUCUCAUGUUUUUUAAGAUUGAAUGCACACAAAUGUAACACCACCCCUCCACCUUCUACCUGGCUCCUUAACUCUCUCUGCCUCAGAUUCCAUGAGUUCUGCAUAAGAGGAUGGUGCAUCGUGGGAAAGAAGCAGAUAUGCCCGUACUGCAAAGAAAAGGUGGACCUGAAGAGAAUGUUCAGUAACCCGUAUCCUUUACUCUUCUGCGCUCAUAUGAGUGUUUGAUGUCUAAUAUGUCUCUUUCGUAUUGUGUGUGUGUCUGUCUUUUGCUCUCAUGUUGCGAUUUGUCUCACUCAUUGUGACUCAUUGUCACUAAUUGUUUCGCCCAGUGUCCUUGUCUGUUGGUUAGCAUGAUUGGGAUGACAGGGUCACACAGUACAGAGGUCAAGUUAGUUUCACUCUGCUUGGUCAUGAUGGGAAUAGGUUGUGUUUCCUAUAAAUGCUAAAGUAUUGGGAAGUUUACACACAGUGAUGUUGUUCAUUGACAUGUAAACACAAACUGUUACGGAUGUUCCAGAGAUGUUAUUGUCCAUUCCCCACUAUCAAGACUGAUUCUAGUAAGGUCCUGAAAGAUCUCACAAUAUAUUAUCACAGACUGGAUAUGUGAAUUGGUUUGUAAGGGUUUGGUUUGGGGGUGGGGUCGUCACUUGUUUAUAUCUCCUUGACCCAUAAUACGAAGCUGGGAGAAGCCACAUGUCAUGUAUGGACAACUCCUGGACUGGCUCCGCUACCUUGUUGCUUGGCAACCUGUAAUCAUUGGAUUUGUCCAAGGCAUCAACUACAUCCUGGGGUUGGAGUGACCUGGGAAAGUGGAGGAGAGGGACACACAAGCAGUAUGGAGAUGGAAGAUACUUCACUGGUCUGACUGAGGGAGACUUGGAGUCCUCACCAUGGACUAUACGAACAUCUAUUAUAAACUGUGUCUAUACCUGUACUAUUUGUAUAGAUUUAUAGGCACAUAGUAUCUGUAUUUAAGAUUUAUUUGAAUUUUACAAGAAAUCUGGGUUUGGAUGUCGGUUUAAUUUUAAUUUUUGUUUAGUCUAUCACAACUAAAACAAAUGCAGUGUACAUUUCAUAGCAUAGUAAAAUGGUUCUCAGUUUUUUGAUGGAGAUGCUUUUUCAAAAUAAUUUGUCUUAACUUUUCUUGUUGAUAUUUGUUGGAUUCUACGGUAAUGAGUGGUUAACACGGCUCAGAUGAAUGAGUGGAGUGUUGCAGAGUGACAGUCUUUCGUUUUGUGUGUUAAAUCCGCGCCUUUUGUUAGUGAAGGUCCUGGUUGAAUGUGGCGGCUGGGGGGAGAGUUUCUGGUUCCUCAGGAGCACUAGUCUCAGACAGUGUAUCCUAUCCUACUACAGUCAUCUUUUUAAGAGGGGCACUCUUUCUCCAAUAUGCCCUCCUCAAGCCUCCCUCAGACGGCCUCUCCUGUCUGUAUUCAGCCCAGAUGGCUCUCCAGGAACAGGUACUGUAAAAGACAGUGUAUGCAAAAAGGUGAAUAACAUUUGAUAAUUUUGGUUGUUUACUUUAUUGUCGUGUUUUUGUUCUUGUCUGUUAAUAAACGUGACGCAGUCAAGCUCAGGUGUAGACGUUACUUAAUUUAGACCAUAUUUACUUGAAUAGAAUAGGUAAUGACCUGGGGGAUUUUGUAUAUAGCUUCCUGUAUGUCAAGUUCUGGGAAAGAAACUUACCAGACCGAAACUUCUGGAUCAGGAUUGGGGGUCACCCACUGAAAUAUUGUGUUGUCAGUU